AUGUCCAAGGAGCAACAUCUGACCACUCCUGCUGGUAAGGAGCUCGGUCGUUCACUAACUGACCUCGAGCCCGCCAAGCACCAUGGCCCACCACGCAGUCUUUUGCGUUCCGUUUUUAUAGUCGCCACUUGCACCGCCGCAAUGGUGGUUAAUAUAUCUAACUCUACUUCUGUAUCUAUUUCACUUCCAACCAUUGAGAAGGAUCUAGAUAUCGAGGAACAACAACUCCAGUGGCUCGUAUCUGCAUAUUCUCUCAGUUCCGGUUGUCUUCUCUUGUUCUUUGGCAGAUUGGCGGAUCUUUAUGGACGGAAAAAAGCCUUUAUGCUCGGUACUCUUUGCCAGAUUGCAUUUUCUCUUGGUUGUGGCUUUGCACAAGAUGGUCUGACUCUCGCCGUAUUACGUGGCUUCCAAGGUGUCGGAGGUGCUGCCACGAUACCUUCUGCACUCGGUAUCCUAGCACAUGCAUUCCCUCCGUCUAGAGCACGUUCGAUAGCAUUCGCAACAUUUGCGGCCGGCGCUCCUGUCGGUGGCGCAUUCGGCAUGAUCAUCGGCGGUGUCCUGACUCAAAUUUCCUCAUCGCACUGGCGCUCCGUAUUCUACAUGGCUGCAGCGACUUCGGCUCUGAUAGGCAUUUCCGGACUAAUUUCAUUCGACGCCGAUGUUCCAUCGUCGGAAAUAAUUAAACGUGUUGACUGGAUCGGCGCCUCGCUUGUCACUAUCGGCUUGGUUUUGAUUGUGUUCGUGCUUGGUCAGGGAGAAAUUGCUUCAGAUGGCUGGAAAACUCCUUAUAUCAUCGUGCUCCUUAUUCUCGGCGUUAUCAUGGUUGCGCUAUUCCUGGUAUGGGAGCGGCACCUGGAACGGAUUAUCGACGAAGACCCAACGAAAGCGGCAUCGAUGUGGACACCGCCACCGCUCAUGAAACUCUCUCUCUGGGCGCGGGCAAAGGGCCGGAUGGCCGUUAUCCUUGCCAUCGCAUUUUUGAAUUGGAGUGCUUUCAUUAGCUGGAGCUUCUGGGUUCAGCUGUACUAUCAGAACUACCUGUUGCUCACACCGGUAGAAACCAUGAUCCGAUUCAUUCCCAUGUUCAUCGUUGGGUGUUUGUGUAACUUUUUCGUAGCGAUGGUCGUUGCCAAAUUGCCCUUGGUCAUCUUUGCCCUUAGCGGAACCCUUCUGACUGCGACUGCCGCCAUCUUAUUUGCGCUGAUUGACCCCACUGCAACUUACUGGGCCUUCGGCUUCCCGUCCACGGUUCUCAUCGUGUUCGGCGCUGAUUUCGUAUACUCUUCCGGUACGAUUUUCAUCGCCAAAACCUCGUUGCCACAUGAACACAGCGUCGCCGGAGCACUGUUCCAGACUAUGACACAGGCAAGUUCCGGUCAAUCAACUAACGCUAUCGGAACUGCAUUCGGUCUUACUAUCUCCACGAUCGUGUUCAACACCGUAGUUGACAAGGAAUCUGCCAAGCUCGGUGUCACUGUCAACUCUAGUGGCACUAAUGCGCCUAUGUCUGCACAGCUCGUAGGGUACAAAGAUGCGCAAUGGACUUCUGCCGCGUUUGCUCUUAUGGCUGCGUUGUUGGCUGCACUUUUCCUCCGUAGUGUUGGGAUCGUGGGACACCAGAGGGUCAUCAGGCAUGUUGACUCUGAUCAGACUAUGGCUGUACACCCUGGGUCUAGUCAAACUGAGUUACCGGCUAUGCCCAACCCCAACUAA